UUCAACAUAGAUAUCAUGGCCAAGGUCUCCAGAAAUAAAUGUAACAUCCUCCAGAAACAGAGCUCAGUGCCAAGUUUUACUUAUCGAGCGUCAGUCAAAACACUAAAACCGCGCCAGAUGGUCAAGAGUGAAAGUAAUUGUCGAUGCGAAAAGUGUCUAUCGAAAAAAGACGAAAUGGAGGACGAAACAUACCACGUGUACACACGCAUGGAAGAUAUCACCGAACAGGAUGAUAAAAACUUAGCCGGAGCAAGAAAGGAGAUUCGGAACGAUUUGACUGUUAUCAUACCUGAAAAUCCGUUUCCGGAAAUAGAAGUCGAUGCUUACCCGCCAUUAAAAUUUUCGUGGGUUAUUCCAAAAAAAUUAGCAGCUAUGGCUUUUCCUAGGCAUGUAGAAAAUUUAAAAUUUUUGGUCAAUCAAGGUAUAACGCAUCUGGUAACACUGACAGCAGGUAAGAAGCCUCCAGUGAACGACAUCGCGAGAUUGAGAUGGACUGAAAUACCCGUAGAGGAAUUCGAAGCACCGACAGUGGAACAAAUUACAAAGUUUAUUGAUGUUUGUAAAAGGUCCGACAAGAAUGGUGAGGUAGUGGGUAUUCACUGCCGCCAAGGUCGAGGUAGGUGCGCGGUGAUGCUGGCGUGUUAUCUUGUACAUUUCCACCGGUUCCUACCGGAUCAAGCUAUGAACGUCAUAAGAAUGAUACGGCCAGGUUCAUUGGACUUCGAAGAGCAAGAAGAAGCGGUUGGCAAAUAUUUCGAAAAUCUAACAGAGAAUAACCCUCUCAGAUUUGGCGUCAGCGGUGACGUCAUGGACGAGUUCAUAGAAAUUGCACGAGACACAACUAAAAAUGCGCUUUUAUAAUAAAUAGAUUAUAUUGUAUUAAAUUGUCAUGAUUAUAAUUAUAAGAUUAUAAUAAAUAUCUCUUAUAAAUAAUCAUCAUGUAACUC